UAACACAACAGUUUCAAAGGAGGAAAUACAUAGAUCUACAAAUAUUUUUUUGAGAAGCGGGUCAGUGAUAGAAGAUGGCGUCAGAGCAGAUUCUGGAUGAACUGGAUGAGAGUCAAAACAGAAAUGCGUUUUACAGAUGGUGUUGCUGUUACAGAGAUCAACACAAAUGCUCAAAGACAAAAGAAAAACAGAGACAAAAACAAGUACACUAUGUUCCUGUCCAGAUGACAAAUGCUCAGACUGGAGUCAGUGUUGAUAUGAAUGCUGAAAUAGGUGCAAAUGUAAAUGUUCCUGUAAUUACUGGAAACACCUUCACAGGAACAGUAACCUUUUGUGGCCUAAAUGCUGCAGAAAAUGAUCAACAGAAACCCCUAGAGACAACUGAACACAGAAAAAAACAAGAAAUUUUGAGGCUUCAAAAAUUCUUGGUAACUCACAAAACCAACAUGAAGAAGAAAGCAGAACUUAUUUUUGAGUGCAAGAAAGAAAAUGAAGCACAUCUAAAGGCUGUUUACACAGAACUAUUUAUCACUAAGGGAGAUAUGAAAGAUGUCAACCACGAACAUGAGUUUCAACAGAUUGAUGAUGCUCUAAAGACCCAGAAAUCAAAGAACAGACCAAUCAACUGCAAUGAUAUAUUUACAUUGUUAAGGAAACAAAAUGAGAGAAAGAUUGUGGUGACUAAGGGGAUUGCUGGCAUUGGAAAAACUGUCUCUGUUCAUAAGUUCAUCCUAGACUGGGCAGAAGAAAAAGCCAAUCAGGAUAUAGACUGUGUGUUCCUGCUUCCCUUCCGAGAGGUUAACAGCAUUAAAGACAGAGAGGUCAACCUUCAUGAGUUCCUACAGUUAUUUUAUAAUGAAUUGAAGGACCUGGAGAAAUCAAAGUUAUAUAUGAAAUAUAAACUUGCGUUUAUAUUUGAUGGACUUGAUGAGAGUCGACUGCCUUUGGAUUUUGAAAGCAGAACAUUGAACACUGUUGAGGAAAGAUCAUCUGUAGAUGUGUUGUUUAUAAAUCUGGUCAAAGGGAAUCUGCUUCCAUCAGCUCUUGUCUGGGUGACAUCACGACCAGCAGCAGCCAAUCAGAUCCCUACUCGGUAUGUGGGUUUGUUCACAGAGGUGCAAGGAUUCACUGACCAACAGAAGGAGGAGUAUUUCAAAAAAAGAAUCACAGAUGAGACUCAGGUCUCUAGAAUCAUCUCACACAUUAAGACGUCUCGUAGUCUCUAUAUCAUGUGUCACAUUCCUGUGUUCUGCUGGAUCACGGCCACAGUACUUCAGAAUGUUCUCAUCAAAAACAAUACAAAGAACAUCAGCACAACACUCACUGAAAUGUACAUUCACUUCCUACUGAUACAGAUGAAUAUGAAGAACCAAAAGUACGAUAAACAAGAAGAAAGAGAACGGACAAAACAUUUACAUUUAAAUAGAGAAAUCAUUUUGAAGUUAGCCAAGCUAGCAUUCGAACAUCUGAAAAAGGAAAACACAUUGUUCUAUGAGGAACAUCUUAAAGCAUGUGGUAUUAAUAGAAGUAAAGACACUGAGUUCACAGGAAUGAUCGCUGAGAUCUUUAUGAUGGAAGACGGACUUCAUGAGACAAAGGUCUUUUGCUUUGUGCAUCUGAGUGUUCAAGAGUUCUUUGCUGCACUGCAUGUUUUCAUCUGCUACCUGAAGAAGAACUUGCAGGAGCUUCAGUUUUUCUUUGAGAUGCCAAAACAAAAUGUGACAUUGCAGGAGCUACUACAGAAGGCUGUAAAUAAAGCCAUUAAGAGUAAGAAAGGGCAUCUGGACCUGUUUCUGCGGUUUCUGAUGGGCAUUUCACUGGAAUCCAGUCAAAACCUGCUCCAAGGCCUGAUCACACACACUGAAGACACCACAGAGAGCAUCACAAAAACUGUUAAAUACAUUAAACAGGCAAAAGACAGAUAUGAUGUUGCAGAUGAAGCUUCAGUCAACCUAUUCUACUGCUUACUUGAGCUGAAGGAUCAUUCAUUAUAUGAGGAAAUCCAGAGUUACCUUAGUUCAAAUGAACAUCCAGGAAGAAAACUCUCAUCUUCAAUGUGCACACUGCUGACCUGUGUACUGCUGAUGUCAGAGAAGGUGCUGGAUGAGUUCAACCCAAAGAGGUUCACGUCACCUUCAUACUACAAGAGACUCAUCCCAGCUGUGAGAUGCUGCAGAAAAGCACAGCUGUGUGGGUGUAAUCUCACUGUUCAGUCCUGUGAAAGUUUGUGUUUAGCUCUACAGUCUUCAAACUCUGUCCUGAAAGAAUUGGACCUGAGUAACAAUGACCUGCAGGACUCAGGAGUGAAGCUUCUUUCUAAUGGACUGAACAGUCCAAACUGCCAUCUGGAGAUACUGAGACUUUCCUUAUGUAAUAUCACUGCUCGGUCUUGUGGGAGCUUGUCAUCAAUUUUACAAUCAUCAAACUCGUGUCUGAAAGAGUUGGACCUAAGUAACAAUGACCUGCAGAAUUCUGGAGUCAAGCUGCUUUCUGAUGGACUAGAGAGUCCAAAUUGUCAACCGGAUAUACUAAGACUUUUCAUGUGUUAUCUUACUGCUCAGUCUUGUGAGAGUUUGUCUUCAGUCUUACAAUCCUCAAACUCCCUUCUGAGCGAGCUGGACCUGAGUAACAAUGACCUGCAAGAUUCUGGAAUGAAGCUUCUUUCUGUUGGACUAAAGAGUCCAAAAUGUCAUUUGGAGAUACUGAGAAUUUCCAUAUGUAAUCUUACUGCUCAGUCUUGUGAGAGUUUGUCUCCAGUCUUACAAUCAUCAAAUUCCACCCUGAGAAAGCUGGACCUGAACAACAAUGACCUAAAGGAUUCAGGAGUGAAGCUUGUUUCUGAUGGAAUGAAGAAUCCAAACUGUCAGCUGGAGACACUGAGAAUGUCUGGCUGUAUGGUGACAGAGAAUGGCUGUAAUUAUGUGUCGUCUGCUCUGAGUUCAAACCCCUCACACCUGAGAGAGCUGGAUCUGAGCUACAAUCACCCAGGAGAUUCAGGUGUCAAGCUGCUUUCUGAAAAACUGGAGGAUUCAAACUGCAAACUGGAAAAAGUCAAUGUGGAUCAUGGAGGAGAAUCCAGGAUUACAGCUGGACUAAAAAAAUAUGCUGGUUUUCUCACACUGGAUCCAAACACAGCAAACACUAAACUCAUUCUGUCUGAGGAGAACAGAAAGGUGACCAAUGAGAACAGGAAUCAGAUGUAUCCUGAACAUCCAGACAGAUUUGAUUAUUAUUGUCAGGUGUUGUGCAGAGAGAGUGUGUCUGGACGCUGUUACUGGGAGAUUGAGUGGAGUGGUGAAUGCGUUCUCAUAUCAGUAUCAUAUAAGAGCAUCAGCAGGAAAGGACUAGGUGUUGAGUGUUGGUUUGGAUCUAAUGAUAAAUCCUGGAGUUUGUUCUGCUCUUCCUCAAGUUACUCAGUCAUACACAAUGAUAUACAGACUGAGCUCCCUGUGAAGUCCAUCAGCAGCAGAAUAGGAGUGUAUGUGGAUGAGAGUGCAGGAACUCUGUCCUUCUACAGCGUCUCUGACAAAAUGAGUCUCAUCCACACAGUCCAGACCACAUUCACUCAGCCGCUCUUUCUUGGGUUUGCUGUUGAUUCUGGAUCAGCAGUGAAAAUUUGUUGAUGAAUCAGAAUAGACCGAUGAGGGAUUCUACCCAUAAUUCCUGCAUGAUGAAUCAGUAACAGUAAGAUGUUGAGAACAGUGAAAAGUCUCUUCAUGACAUUAACCCUUAAAUGCAUGAAUAUUUCGCCAAUCAUUAUUACAUAUUCGUGUCUUUAGCGACCCAGACCUAUAUAUCCAGCAUGGAUGGAUCUCUAACUGCUGCAGUAGUACAAAAGAAAAACUGUCUUGACAUUUUAAGAACAAUU